AUGGGGCAGAGCAUCGACACUGCGACAGUGCCUCUCACCGACGAGUCUGACGACGAGCUCGCAGCCCCCGCAGGCAGCGAGCAGCCGUCCACUGAAGCCUCCGACAAGCCUUCCCAGGCUACUUCCGCAACCACGCCUUCUUCGGCGUCGGCGGUGAACAAGCUCAUGGCGAUUCCUCACAUCGUGACCACCAUCCUGCGCCAUGCGCGUCAAGACCGCCCAUCCCUUGCGCGCCUGAUGCGCACCAACAGGAACUUGGCUCGUUCAAGCGCUGCUUCUGCACCGACUGCAAAAAAGAGUAUGGAGGCGAAGUGGGGGGUCGACCACGCCACCGGCGAACUGAAUGCGUUUGGCGAGCUCACAGCUCGUCCGCACGGUUACGGCAAGUACACCAACCCUGCGCCGCGGGCUGCGAGCGCCAAUGAGACCGCCGCUGCAGCUGAGGUGUCCAAGCCGAAGAAGACCAAGGGUGGCAACAACAAGAAGAAAAACAAAAUGAAGAAGAAGGCCCAGCAGAACAAGGCUGUCAAGGAAGACGCCGCCACCAGCCCACUCGACAGCAAGGACAGCACCAGCAACAAGGGCAAGUACAGUGUUCCCCACAGUCGCAAGCCUGUCAUACCUGGGGAGCCCAAGAGUACACUCCCUCUCUCAAAGCGCCAGCUACUGGCACACGUCCGCGUCCUGACGCUUAGCGGACACCACGAGUCCGCGUGCGAGGGCUAUGCGCCUCACGCUGCCAAGUACCUCGUCAACCUCGAGAUCCUACGUGUCGUCGAGAUGCCUCACACACCGUUCACAACGUUCCACAUCUGCGAGAAUAUCCCUGGCGGCUCUUGCCCGCUGAUCGACAACUUGGCGCCUCGCAAGCUCGUAGUGCGCAACAUUUCGGGGCUGCGGCUGCCCUUCCCUCCCUCGUGGACGGCCAACCCCAAGACCAAGGAGAUCGUCUUCGUCCUCCCCACAGAGUCGGCAGCGUACUCUGGCAAGGAUUUCAACGAGGCGACUACUCUCCGCGUCGUGUUCUGGGACGGCUGGGACCGCUCGCUCUGUGACCAUCCCCUUACCCGCACGUGCUCGCCUGAGCAGGCCGCGGAUCUCCGCAAGCGCAACCCUCCCCGCCCCAUUCACGUCGACGACGUCGCGUCCAUCCUGCACGGGUUUGCGCGCACCCGCCGUACCAAGCUCUUCGAGAUGCGUCGCCCCCGUCUCGAGAUCUACGGUCUCGGCUCGGUCCAGCUGUCCACGUACAGCAAAUCGCCCCUCGUCGACGAGUACAAGGCUGCGAACCCCGGGAAGGCGGUCGACCUGCACACGGUUGCGAAGUUGAAGGCCAUGAGGAUGGAGGUUAGCAUGGCCGUGCUCCCGCAAGGCGGACCGCCCAUCAUGCUGGGCCCUUGCUUCGACAUCACUUGGUUUACCCUCGAAAACUACAAGCGCAAGAAGUUCGCGGCCGAGAUCUCGGAGUGGGACUGA